CCGGUUGGGGCGAAAAGUUCGGCGCCGCCCGUCCUCGUUCCGACCCCCAAACCCCGCGCGGACGCAGCCCCGCGGCCACUUUUGGAUUCCCGUUGGCCGUGAUACACGAUGGUGUUCCGUGCCAUGCAACUGGUCGGCUCGGUCGUCGCUGCCGUCGCCGCUGCCACCGCGAUCCAAGACGCACACAAGAUCAAGGACCUUCCUGGCUACAUCGACGACACGCCGCUCGACUUUGACCAGUACGCCGGCCGCAUGGCCCUGCCAAGCAACGGCCAAGAAAUGUUUUACUGGUACGUCGAGUCGCAGCAUAGCCCGUCGACCGACCCACUCGUGUUGUGGCUCAAUGGUGGCCCGGGCUGCUCGUCGCUCGGUGGGUUCUUCACCGAGCUCGGCCCGUUAGUCGUCGCCAGCGACUUGUCCGUGAAGCGCAACAAGUACGCAUGGAACCGCAAGACCAACAUGGUAUUCCUCGAGUCCCCCGCCGGCGUCGGGUUCAGCCGCCCCUUUUUGAACGCGUCGCAGUACAACGACGCAUUCACGACGGCGCGCGCCCGCGAAUUCCUCGAGCAGUUCCUUGCGGCGUACCCGUCGCUCCACGGCCGGGAUUUCUACAUCACUGGUGAAAGCUACGGCGGCAUGUACAUCCCGUUCUUGGUCGACAACCUCGUCGACACGCCGGUCCCGGGGCUCAACUUGAAGGGGUUCGCCAUCGGCAACCCGUACACGGACGAAGCCAUCGACAACGCAGCAUAUAUGGACUAUUAUUACACGCACGGCAUGAUCUCGCUCGAAGACUACACGGCGAUCCAGGCGUCGUGCAACAAGUCGGGCCUUGCCACGUAUGCCGGUGUGUUCUCGGACGACUCGGGGGACAAUGCGUGCGCGAAAGCCAUCCGGGAAGGCAUGGACGAAGCCGACGCGGGCGACUUGAAUCCGUACUACAUCUAUGGGGACGUUUGCUUGCUCGAAAACGACCAAGGCAAUACGCUUCAGUACAAGAACGUGCGCCCGAUGCAUCGAGGCAAGAUCGGGCCGUGCGCGGACGCCUUUACGCAGAGCUACCUCCGCCAGCCGGCGGUGCAAGCCGCGCUCCACGUCACGGGCAACCAUGUCGACUGGCAAAACUGCGCCGGCGGCGCCAACUUUCACUACACGCGUAGCAAGUCGUCGCUGUCUGUAUACCCGACGAUUCUCUCCAAGAACCUCAAAGCGCUCAUCUACAGCGGGGACGCCGACUCGAUUGUCAACUUUAUCGGGACACAGCGAUGGAUCACGACCGAUGGUCUCAAGCUGAACGUUCAUACCAAGUGGCACGCCUGGUUCGGUCCCGACAACCAGGUGGCGGGGUACACGGAGGGCUAUGCCGGCCUCAACUUCACGACCGUCAAGGGCGCAGGCCACAUGGUCCCCGCCGUCCGCCCGCUCCAUGCGUUGUUCAUGUUUGAGUGUUUUGUGUUCGGGGACGCUGCGUGCCGCACGUUUGCCUACCCAAAAGACAACUUGGAGUACCUGACCGGCCAAGACGUUAUCUACACGUCCGAUGACGGCGACGAAGUCGAAUUCGACGGCGCGGCCAGCGCCAUCGCGCCCUGGCAUUACGCGGCAUGGUACUGUGUGCUGGCGCUCGCGACGGUCGCUGGUGUCGUCGCCAUCAACCGCAUCGCCAACAAGCCCCAGUACACUGCUCUCAACGGAGAUGCCAAGCCGCUGUAUGCCCCUGCGUCAUCUAACUAAGUGCAUCGAACUCGAUUUGGUCGGUCGUGCGGCGCAGUUAGACACCAUGAUGGCACAGGUGUGCAUGUGGGUGGUUUCAUGCGCGAUCGAUCGAACGGAGGAUUCACAAAAGGUAGCAUUCGGAUCUCUGCGGCAUGACACACACACGACUCGAUCUUCCUCUGCUUUGAGGGUUCACA